CUCGCCCUUUAGUUGUUUUGUGUCUGAGUGCACCCGAAUUACAAGGGAAAUAGGAACGAUGAGUGAACGUAAUAUUUUGUGUAGAACUAGUGUUUAUUUUAGACCGAAGUAAUGCAUGAAUUCGUAGAAUACUAUUUUUUACCAUCGGCAAACGUAGCAAAUUUAUUUAUAGUUAAAAGCAACUUAUUAUGAGUAACCGAAAUUACAGUAUUAUUUCUCGCAGCCAGAACCCUAAGUUAAUUUUUUAGGUAAUUAUUGUCUAUUACAUUUUACAAUAAAGCAAUUUUAUGGACGUUGGAAAGAAUAGGCCCAGCAGGGCCAGAUCACGUCUAUAUUCAUUGUCAGUGAGGUCAGGAUUAACGUUAACAAUGGAAGAAAGUUUAUUUAAUAAGUCAGUGGAUGAAACUGGACAUAGGAGGUAUUCUGAUUCAGAAGAUAUGCCUAGACCUGCCAAGCCAAUUAGCAGAACAGAUGUAUCUAAUCUAGUUUUGAUGAGGAACUCCACUCUGGGUCAGUCAGCUCCUAGUCUCUCCAAUUGCAUGAAAGAGUUAAAUCUCGGAAGACGUAGUAGCCGUGUGAUGCAAAGGAAAAGCUUUAUUUCGAAUACUUCUCCCACCUUACCUCGUUGCCAUUCUCCAAUGUCAGCUGGAAGUCCCCUAGAGAGCCCAAGAAUGUCACCAAACCAGCACUUUCCAUUUGCACCAAUUAAAAGGACCUACAACCACCUGAGCAGUGACUGCAGAGGAGACGGACGAAGGUGGUCAGUUGCAUCUCUACCUUCUUCAGGUUACGGAACCACUCCAGGAAGCUCUAAUGUUUCGUCUCAGUGUUCAAGCCAAGAGCGUCUCCACCAACUGCCGUCGGUACCGACCACUGAUGAACUCAAGCUUCUUACGAAACACUUCUCUUCCAAUGACAGCAAUCCAAGUGGCGGUGACUGUACUGGCAGCGAUGAGGGUCGGAAGUCCCCUUUUAGUAGGCCACGAUCCAGAAGCCUUAGUAGUCCAAGUAGAUCUCCCAUAAUGGACAACGACAUUGUAAUGAUGAACAUGAUGUAUAAAGAACGCUUUCCAAAGGCUACGCAUCAAAUGGAGGAACGUUUAAACACUUUCAUCAAGGAGAACUCUGCUCUAGCGGAACAAGGGAGCAUAACCCACGAGUGUAGUCCUAUCGUUCGUUUCGUACACCACCAAGUAGUAGAGAUGGCUAGGGAUUGCUUGAAAAAAUCCCAAGAAAAACUCAUAACAAGAGGGUAUUUCUACGAGAUGUCGGAGAAUCUAGAGCGCUUACUUUUAGAGACCAAAGAGAAAUCACCAGAAGCAGCAGCACAGGUGCUGGGUAAGAUCAAGAAGCUGCUGCUGGUGAUUUCCAGACCCGCUCGGCUGCUGGAGUGCCUGGAGUUCGAUCCUGAAGAGUUCUACCAUCUGCUAGAGCAGGCUGAGGGCCAGGCCAAGACUUGUCAAGGGAUCAAGGCUGACAUUCCUCAGUACAUCAUCAACAAGCUCGGCCUCAACCGUGAUCCCAUGGCCGAUUUGCAGUUUGGUUGUGGAGAGGUUGAAACCUGCAGACUUCCUCAUACUUCCACUCCGAAGAAAGAGAGCAAGUUUUCUAAGGUCCCGUCGGAGAGUGACUUUGACGUUGUGAAACUGAUAUCAAACGGAGCGUAUGGAGCAGUAUACCUGGUGCGCCACAAGGAGACACGUCAGAGGUUUGCAAUGAAGAAAAUCAUAAAAAACAACCUGAUGUUGCGAAACCAAAUAGAACAAGUGUUUGCCGAAAGAGAUAUUAUGAGCUUCACCGACAAUCCUUUUGUAGUCAGCAUGUAUUGCAGCUUUGAAACUAAAAAACAUCUGUGUCUGGUGAUGGAGUACGUGGAAGGAGGUGAUUGUGCAGCCCUGGUAAAGACUAUCGGUCCUCUCCCCCCGGACAUGGCUCGUUUUUACUUUGCUGAGACUGUCUUGGCCGUCGAGUACCUUCACAGCUACGGAAUCGUUCAUCGAGAUCUCAAACCGGACAAUUUGCUCAUCACAGCUCUUGGACACAUAAAACUCACCGACUUUGGGCUUAGCAAGAUGGGUCUCAUGUCUUUGGCCACUAACUUGUAUGAGGUCUAUGUGGAUAGAGAUACCCGUCAGUUUUCAGACAAGCAAGUAUUUGGGACCCCGGAAUAUAUAGCUCCAGAAGUUAUUCUAAGGCAAGGCUAUGGAAAACCAGUUGACUGGUGGUCCAUGGGAAUAAUAUUGUACGAGUUUUUGAUCGGUUGCGUCCCAUUUUUCGGUGAAACACCAGAAGAACUUUUUGCUCAUACAGUUAACGAUGACAUCGAGUGGCCUUCAGAAGACGACUGGCCCAUUCAGCCUGAGGCUAAGGAUAUAAUUACAGCCUUACUCCAUCAAAACGCCAGGGAUCGGCUGGGCACAGGAGGCCCACAUGAGGUCAAAGAACAUCCUUAUUUCCAUGGAGUCAACUGGAAUUCCCUUCUGAGGCAGAAAGCUGAAUUUGUACCGCAGCUAGACAAUGAAGAAGACACUAGCUAUUUUGACACACGGCUGGACCGUUACAACCACGAUAUUGGAGAGGAUACUGAUGACCCAGAGGAAAGUAUUCUGUUCGGCUCCUUCUCCUCGUUUUCACCUCAAUUCAAGAAGGUCCAGUCUCGUUUGAGCAGCAGCACUGAGGAACACGAGUAUAGUUGUAGCUGCAGAAAGUUUACCUUCCGUUGUGACUCGGACACAAGCGAGUCGACGACUUCAUCCACUCCCUUUACAGGGAUAGAGCGGUUACCACAGGAGCAGUCAUCAGGAGAAGAGCAGUUGACGGUGCUGGGAGCCGAGCAACCGAGUACCCCGGACUCGUCCCAGACCGAGAGUGAUGACGUGUCACCCCAGGUGCAGCGGAAGCGACGGUUGCAUACGCGGGAAGGUCUUCCUCGCUUCUCCAUAUCCACUGAGGAUGAUCAAACCAGCUCAGAUUUCAGUCAGCAUGCGCCUGAGAUUGGGCGUGACCUGACUCCGGUGGUAGAGAAAGCCAAACCUACCAACAUCGAGAGUAGCUCCAACUUCUCUCCGGCAGCUCUCCGCAUGCCAGUGUCUCCAAUUUUCCCGAUAUCCAAACACCGUUCACGAGCUGUGAUCAAGAGUUUCUCUGCGUCUGGCCUUUCUCUCAUCAUUCCACCUGCGGAAGAGAUGCCACAACCGAUCCAAUCGCCCGGAGGAUCCAGUACAGCGAGUUCUAGAGACACAUCACCAUGCAGAGAGCUGUCUCCCUUAGUCAACAGUCUCAAGCCUCCCAUCAUCAUUCGUCGUGGACCUGCAGGCUUCGGUUUCACUGUUCACACGAUCCGGGUAUAUUACGGGGACACGGACUUCUACACCAUGCACCAUCUUGUUAUGGCUGUGGAGUGUGGGAGUCCUGCGUUUGAGGCAGGCCUGCGGCCCGGGGACCUGAUCACCCACAUCAACAGUGAGGCCGUGCAGGGGCUGUAUCACACACAGGUGCUACAGCUGCUGUUGUCUGGUGGAGACCAUGUGACAAUCCGCUCCACCCCGCUGGAGAACACGAGCAUCAAGUCCGGAGGCCGCCGCCGCGAGCCCGGCCAGGGCAAGCUAGCACGACGCAGUCAGGCCAAACAACGCCGCCAGAAGCGUGACCUGGGCGACAAGCGGCGCAAGACCUCAUUGUUUCGCCGUAUCAGCAACAAGCGUGCGAGUGUUGAAAUGCAACAGAUGGCCGUUGGAGUUUCCUCCCCGCCCCUGGUAACUCCAAGCCGAAGUUUCCAGUCUUUCAGUCGAACUCUGUCCCAAUCGACUCCCGAAAGUUCGCCUAUAGACACCCCACGCCAAACGGACAACUCUUCCAGUUCCAGCAGCUCUUCCUCCGCCAGCCCCGGACCAGCCAACAGCACCGUGGUUACCCCCACCACCCCCUACCAACGGCCAUCUACUUUGCACGGCCUCAAACACAAACUGCAUACCGCAGCCAAGUCGGUACACUCCCCCGGACGGCGCAAAUCUGUAGGUCACAUUCCACUCUCUCCUUUGGCCAGGACACCCUCCCCUUCCCCUUUACCUUCUUCCCCCACCAGGUCACCCAGUCCCCUGGCCUUCCCACCCGGUCACCAGCCCGGCAGCUCGAACACGACUCAAUCUUACAGCCCCGGGACCUCGGUUGCCACCCCGGGCUCAGGGCCAAAAAAAGGUUUUGGCCGAGCUAAGAGUGCAGAGCCCGGGUCUCCGUUGCUGCGCCGUGCCCUGUCCCCCGACAGAUUGCACCCACGCACUGCCGAGAAGCCCGGCCCUGCAUCUAUAUCUCCUCUGUGUGACCCAGCUCUUAAAGUGACCAUCACUUCCGCUCCUAGAGUCACUAUUACUUCCAAGUCUCCUCCUGUUUUAAAAAACAUGACUGUUGAUGAAGAUAAAGAUACGAUAAAAAGUAAACCACCUGUUAAAGCUUCCUUGUCAUCCACACACGACACUGAGAGAAGUAACAUUAAGUUGGAUGAAGAUUUUGUCUUGGGUAGUUCUCAGCCAUUGCCGCGAAUAGCAGAAGAAAAGGACUCGCCGACCGCAUUAAAAGAAGAUUUACCUAAUUUGAGACAGGAGCCUAGUCCUGCUUUUAGAGAACCUCCCCCGAUUCCUCAAAAACCUAAAAGUAAAGGAAGUACUAUAAAAAAUAUUUGUACGGGAAAGAAAUGGAAAAACAGAGAUAGCCAAAAUCAAAAACAGGGUAAGGAAGAAGAUGUGUCGGAAGUUAAAGCAUCUUCUGCUGCCUUAGGAGGGUCAAAAUCUUCAAACAGGAAGUAAAGGGAAAACUUUUUUCCUGAUGAUUUUGAAUAUUCCCUUGUAUGUUGUUAUAUUUCCUUUGUUGUAUUUUUGUCUUUGUUGAAUUCAAAGAUGGUUUGUGUACAAUUACGUGUUAAAAUAUAUAAUUUCAUUACAUUUAUCAUAUUAACAUGUUCUACAAUGUACAGUUUAUUAAAGAAACUAAAAAAAACUUUGUUUAGUAGCAAAAUGUAAGGAAAAACAAACACCAGUCUUUCUUUUUAAACAUAUAAUAUAUGUUCUAUUUUUAUAAACUUUCAUGUGUCUAUUAAUGCUACACACGAUUUUGUAGUAAAUAAUUGUUUUUAAAUGUUGGACAAGUAUUUUAAAAGGUUGGUGAUAGGUAAAUGGUUGUAGAACUUAGAUAAAUGUUUGAAAAUGUUAAAAAUCGUGUAAAAUGUUAUAUUAACGAUUUUAAUAUAAUAUUGUGAAUUUAAAAGAUAAUGUUGUGAGCAUAAGUUAGUUCCCUGCCCCGAUGUAGUAUAGUCCGACACUAGUUUCUAAAGUUAUAUCUAUGUGAACAAGUUAUACAUUAACGAGUUCUUGAGUGUUUUCAUAUAAAUAUAGUAAAGUUUUCUUUUACGCAUGAGCAAUAUUGUUGCAUUCAGUUUACUAGGUCUACAAAAUCUAUGUCACGUUUACAAGUCUACAAAGAGAUCUGUUUUACAAGUUAUUAACAAUUCAUUUAUAUUUCGUUAUUCCCUCUCAAAGGUUAUAUUCAUUCUAUUUUUAUUGUGUCAUUUAUGUUUAUGGAUACUAUACAAAAUAGCAAAGUAUAUAUUUUGCUUCUUAUAAAUUUAUUAUUGAUGCUUCCAAUAGCAUAAAACUUAGUUGAUAUUAUCAAUACAUCACGUUACGUUAUCUGUAUAUAUUUGUUCAAAACCUGAUCAAUUAGUUUAGUCAUAUGGUAAUGUUCACUCAUUAAUUUUGUAAAGUGUGGAGUGAAAAGCGUAUGUGUGAUAUUUUUUCUGUUAUUAUUGACAAGUAUUUUCCUACUUUGGAAAUAAGACUUUAGUUUUUGCUUCCUCUUUGUUCGUUAUCUUGUACUUACUAGGUUAAGCUUAAGUCUUUUUUUAAAUCCAAAUAACUGAGGUGUGGAUGAAGCUUAUACUGUUAGUCCUAUGUAUAUAUUUUUUGGUUCGAACAAUACUGCCAUAAUUGAUUUGUAAAAUGUUUAUACAUACAUUACUCGAGUUGUAUUUGGACUUUUGUCUGUGUUUACUUGAAAGUCAUCACUAAUUUGUUUCGUUUCACUAUAAAACAACGAAUUCUUAAUAUCAAUUCUAAUCCUAAAUUUAAGAAGACGAGUCGAUAUGUCUGGUCUGUUCACCGAGUUUGCAUUUCAUUACUAAACAUUACAUUUUUGCCUAGUUUUGUUACAAGCUUUACCGCUUACAAGUGAGCUGACCUGUUAGCCACAGUGAUAUGUGAAUGACUAGUGAACUUGUGGCCAGGGAAAGUACUGGCGAUAAGUACAAGAUUUGGAUGUGUUGGUUACUUCGAGCUUACUUUCCAGUUUUCCUUGAAUAGGGAAAGGAAGUGGAAAGCUGUUGGCAGUGAGAACUUGAAAAUUAUACUUGACACCAGUACUUUCCUAACUCCCACCUUAGGAAAAAAUUGAAGUUAGAGAGGAGGCAAUCAGAUUUGUACAGGGAACCCCACACUGUCCUCCAAAUGCGUUCCAUUCACCACGUGGAAUCUGUAACAUUUCUCAGCACUUUUAAACUGAAAAACUUGUGACGAAUCGUAUACAGAAUAUUAUAUUAAAAUUAUGUAAAAAAUAAUUCAGUGUAGAUUAACCCCAUUCCACUCAUUAUACACUGCCUAGGUAGGGAGGCGGAGUUUUGUAUGAACACCCUGCAUUUAUAUACAAGUAAACUACGAAGAGUGAACCCGCCCUUUAUCUGUAGCACUGGCACAAAAUGUUUUCCAUACCUGCCAUGUAUAUACAUUAGAUAUUUCCCGUCUUGUUUAAUUUCUGUGCAUUGUAUUGAUUUUCUUAAAAAUUUAUUUUAAACAAGUUGAAACAAAAAGCAUCGAGGACGAUUUUGCAUGUUGAAUAUUUUCCUUUGUUUUUAAUGUAUACAACAGUUUUAUCUGCUUAGUUUUUGAACUUAUUUAAAAUAAAAUUUCAACGAGGAAUGUAUACCGAAAUAAAACAUUAUGAGAAAUAUUAAAUGAAUAUAUAUUUUAGUGGGCUCUAAUUUGCUGUCCAGGACUGCAGAUAAUUGGUCCGGCCAAAAUUGGUGUAAUUGGUUUGUAUGAAUAAAGGCGUCCUAAUGUGUAUUAAAAAGAAAGACACCUUAGGCACUGAACCUUUAAUAUCUAAAUGUCAAUUUGAAAACGUUACAAGUUUUAAUAAACAGUUCUGUAGCAUAAAAAAAAUUAGUCAUUUCUAUUCAUAGCCCCAUGAAGUGUUUCUUUCUUAUUGCGUUUUGUCCUUUGCACCCAAAUAUUCAUGUGGUCCACUUUUAUAAUUUGAAUGCUGUUCCACUUUUGACUCUGGUUUUCUUUACCAUUGCAUGACUAAAAUGUAAAAUAGUGUAGAUCAGGAGAGAAAACUGUCAGAAACUAUUGUCACUGUUGGAAAAUUCUAAAAUGCUAGCUCUCGAUCAACAAAUGUUUUGGCCUGUUUUCCUACUUACAGCAAAAUUUAAAAAAGAGGAAUUUGGUAACUUGCUUACUAAUUAAUUGACUAACGAAACAUUUUUUGUGUGUUAAGGAUACCCAAAAUCAUCUCAUGAGUUUUUUUAUCACUUUUCGAGUGCUUAAUAAAAUCCCUAGGAUUGGUAUUACUUUAUAAAAAUUGAUACUAUAUUCUGUAAAAAUGUAGUUUUUUGGCUAAUGCUUGUUAAUCAUAAAUUGAUGUUGAAUACAAUAAGUGUUUAAGGCAGAUCAUUCCACUAUCUGGAAGAGGCACAGGAAUUUUAAACAACUCUAAAUUACUAAAAAUUCCUUAAAAUAUCCAAUAUUUUUAUAGAGGAAUGUUUAGAAAAAUAAUACUCUCAAUAAUAAUUCUUUUGUACAUUUGUAUUUUAUUGGUUUAUAAAAGUUUUUCAUCUGUACUUGCAAACCUUUUUUAACCUAAUUAAGCUGAGACUGGGCUGCAUUUAAAUAAUGUUUAUCAGAAAGUCAACGCAACUAGAAAGCCAGAAAAUGAAUUGAAAUAAAUUAAAGUGUUACCCAGAAAUAAGAGUAAGAAUAAAAAUAUUAUUCCUCAGCCUUUUCCUUAUUGGGUAUAUUUUAACCAUUUGGACCACUACUGGAUUGUAUCGUUAUUUUAUUUUGCAUUACAUGUAAUAUUCUAUUUAACAGUUGAAUAUAUUUGAAAUGAUCAUUUAUAAACAUUGAGCCGUUUCCAAAAUAACCAAAAAUAUUUUGAUUGAAAUUUGUUUAACACUGAACAAUGGAAAUAUACAAAAAAAUUACACUGGUUUUAUUCCCUAGUAUAUUUUUAUGAGUGUGAAUAAUUAAAAAAUGUUUGAUUUUGGAUAUGUGAGGGGUUUAUAUAGAACGAAAUAAAAAAAUUUUUAAAUUGAUAGCUUUUAGUGGGAUAUUUCAGUUUGGCUUUUAUUUCUGAAAUAACAAUUUUAAAAUAAAAAAUCAUUUCAUAUGAGACAUUGUAGUGGUAAUACUAUAUAACUGUUGUAACAAUUUAUUGUAACACUUGUUUUACAAAAAUUAUAUCAUUGCUUUUACGCAGUAUUUGGGUCUCAUUAUCUAUUAGGUAAUGUUAAAUGCAUUUAAAAAUUAAAUGAAUACUUCAAACUAGUUUACUGUGAUUAUCUCUCUAUAUAACACUAAUAUGCCGUUUAAAGUAAAAUAUGAAUAAAUUCAGUACUGUAAUAUAAAUAUAAAAGUGUAUAGUAUAAAAAAAUUAAUACUGUAAUCUGCCAUAAAUUUUUGUUGACUGGAACUAUAAUUUAAAGCUAAAAUUUCGUUGAUAGUCAGAACAUAGUAUAUUGUUGUUUGCCAUAUUAAAAAUAAGCCACACAAGUUUCUGAAGUGGAAUGCCAUGGAGUUUUGUAAAAGCAUAGAUAGCUGGAGUUGGUACGCUUACAGUCUAUAACUAGAUCACUUUAAAGUUAGCAUUAAAGUGAUUUGGCAGUAGGACUGACUGUACCUAGACUAGUGUUCGGUUUGUGACGGCUGUAUGAAGGAUUCACUUGACAGCACUUUUCACGUCGAUUCAGGUUUUCAAUCAGUCUCUUAAAAAGCAUUUGAUGAUUCUAAAACAAUAAUUUAAAAGACGCUAGAUCAUUUGUAUUGCAUUUUAAACUAAUUAUUGGAUCAUGUUAUUUAAUUCAAGCUAUUUAUAAUAAGCUCUUGCACUCCUUCAGCCAUUAUUGAUUAGCAAGUGCCAUAUGUGGUGUCCAUUAUUUGUCUUGUUCUUGUGAAAGAAUCGUUCUUUGUGUGUUUAUUUACCACCUCGAUAUCUCAAAGCGUCUGGAAACCUGAUAAAUAGAAUGUGUUAUUUGUGGUGUAGUUGACUGAAAUAUAAAUAAACCCUAAUCCCCGUAAUUUAAGUAGCCUUACGGUUAUAUUAUCUCAGUUUUGGAUUAUGCAUCGUAAAAUAUUUCAAACUAGUGUGCACUGUACAUUAGAAGCUUGUCCCUCGCUAGGUCUGGCUUCGGACCCCCAGGCUUGUUUCUUAUGAACCAUAUUCUACAGAAAAAUCUGUAUUUGAAUUCAUUAUUAACACUUUUUCAAUUUAGUAUUUUAGAAAUAUUGUAUGUAAUUAUUUGUAUUAGUUUGAAAAUAAAUAACGAUUAAUUCAAAGCGCACUUGGAAAAUCUAAACUAUCCAUAGUGGCAAUUUUUAUCAUUAAAACCUCAAUUUAUUUCCAUUAUAUUGUCUCCACUACGUAAAUUGUUUGUUAUUCUGUUAGAACUAUAAAAAUGUAUAGACGUUCUAAGUCCGUUUUGUAAAGAAUUCAGACAUUUUCCCAUUAACUAAAAUGAACAAACUGUUAAUUGUUCUGGUCCCGGUAGAGCUUCGUGUCUGUGUACGGUGUAUUAGUGUGUAUUUGUAUAUAAUAUAAUAUGGUAUUUCAAAUUCGUGUUUGUAUCUUUACAGUGUGUCAAUCAGUGUAGAUCACCUGAUGAACCACUUAUACACUACAUCCAGCCGUUAACAAGCAAUAAUUUUCUGUGUCCACUAAACAGCGAAUAUUCACUACCUAAAUCUAAUAUAUUUCUGCUUUAAUAAAAUUUACCAUGGAUGUUUUUAUAUUGUAUAAAUGAAAACGCUAGUCAUCGUUCUUGUUUCGUGUAUUCACCGAUGGAUUGUAUGAUGAUUUAAAUUGUCUCUGUGUUGUAACAAUUCUUAGUUUUGUCAUCUGUCUAGUCUCUUUCUCUGAUUUUCCUUUUCCCUUUGAAUGUGUUGCGCUGUUCCAUAAGAGUGGCUCCCACAAUGCAUUUCACAGUCACUAGUUAACACUUGUUCGUAAACCCAUAAAUUGGUUGUAUCCAAAUACUCGUAUGUUCAUAUUCUAACGUAUGUACUGUCGUAUAGAUCUCUGUUGUUUAAAAUUAUAGUAUUUAUAUUUUUUUUAGUAAAUGUGUUUAGGUAUUUUGUGUGCUUCUAGUUAUAAUGGAAACCAAUAUUGUAUUUUAUUAUUUCUUUGUGUGUAAAGUUUAUAUUUAUUAAAACUAAUUAAUCAAUACAUACGUAUGUAUAUAUUUAGCAUGCUAUAUAUACAUAUGUAUGUAUUACAGAUGUAUUUGUGUAUAUAAUAUGAGUAAACAUAUAUGCUUUAUGUUUUAUGGUUCGAGGGAGUUUUCUGUCUUAUAAGUUAAACUUGGUACCCGUAUUUGUUAAUUGCUCAAUAUACCUAAUUAAUUUUAGAUUUUGUUAGUCUUCCCCUAUUUUAAGUUUUUCUUGGUGAUAUAAAAAAUUUAUUGUGUUUAUCCAAAUUUUGAAAACCCAACAUGUUUUUAAAUUUAUGUCAAAAGUUUAUGUGAUACAUCAUCAAAAGAUGUAAUUAUAGUUUAAAAUUGAAUUCAUUAUUAUACCUAUUACUUAUAUUCAGUGUACACAUUUGGUGUGCAAUAUUGAUAUGUUAUAUUUUGUAAAAUAAAAAAAAUUAUAAAAAUAUUUUUGUCUUCUUGAACAAGAAAUAUGGUAAGAAUUUCUUUUGAUCAAUUUUCCAAUACUGCCAUUUGCGCGAUGUCACGGUUCAAUGUUAGUUUUAUUACAAAAGUACAAAACUUGAUGGUAUUUUCAAGCAGGAAGAAGUGACAACGACUAAUACUUGUGUAAGCAUUAUACACUUUACUAGACGUAGCAUAAAACUCUACUUCAACUUUGGUAUUAAAAAUAUUAAAUUAAAGGUUAAAACUAUCUGUGAAAUAUAGCAAGGUGUUUUAUGCAUGCUUUAUAAAAGCUAUUGGUUUAAAUAAUUAUAAAAAUAUGUCUCUGGACACGAUGUGAGUAAAAUACUUAAUGAGUGUUUAAAUUUACUGAGAUUAUUUGUUGUACAUUUUAAAGUUUAGGUAGGUAAUUUAUUUUACAUACGUGUAUGUUUCAGUGAUAAUUAGAAUUUUAACUUAAAAAGUUUGGUGCAAUAACCUGUUAGAUUUGUAAAAGUCAGCUGAGUUUAGUGCUUGUAUUAAGUAGAAAGUUUUGAAAAUGGCAUAACGGCUGCAGCAUAGCCUUCUUUAAAAGAUAUCAAAUAUCUUUGUAACAAAAUAAACGUAAAUAUUGAAAAUCAAAA